CAUUUGUUGGUUUCGAAUCACAAUAGAAAUGAAAAUUAACCUUCGAAAUUCUACAUUUCAUGAAUUUGAGCGGCGUUCACUCGACCAACGUACACCGACACGCGCGCAGUAUAAUAAUAUUAUAACCUCAAAUAUCCAAUAAAUGUCAUAAGCAAUUAAAACAACAUCACUUGUUGUAAAGCAUUAAAAAUAUACCAAUGAAAAACUAAACAAUGAUAAUUAUAUUUAAUCAAUAAAACACAUCACUGCUAUAGUGCUUAUUGUGAUAUAAAAUGGAAGAUGCAUCAGUGAAUACAUUCGUUAAUGUUUCUUGGCGUUUUGGAGUGACUGUUGCUAGUAGUGGAACAGAUGAAGUUGGAAAAAAUUUCUUACAAUUGAAAUUUCUUUAUAACGAAGAUGGCAAGAUAAAGUCUAUUUUUACAGAAAUGAAUAUAAAUCAAUUUUAUAAGCUUUUACAUGACCUAGAAAAAGCAAAAAAUACUUUG